UACGACCGUACCGUCUCCCUCUCAACACUGAAUUUUUGGUCCGAUGAAGGCGAGGAUGGAGAAUCCAUUGCGCCAGUUGAGACGGAGGCGGGCGCAGAGGCGGAGGAAUCCAGAGAGGUACUUGGGCAAGAGCAUCUGGGAAGCCUUCCUACUUGUCCUCGCCAUCGUCCUGUAUCUUGGCGACGUCGGGAGCGACAUAUGGGCCGCGUACCGAUACUGCGUCGACGAGGAAUAUUUCUUCUUCGGCAUGACGAUUGGGAUCGUCAUGUUCGCCUGGCUCUUCGUCUUUGCCGUUGACAUGUUUCAGUAUUUCUAUGCAUUGCAAGACGUAUGCCAGUAUUGGUGCUCGGGAUGCAAGACAACACGGUGGAGAGACUGUCACAACUACGAUAACAUUGAUUCUCAGACACUAAUGGCCUCUAGUCUCCGUCUGGUGGAGGCAUAUUUGGAAUCAGGCCCUCAGAUGGUCCUCCAGUUUUACAUCAUUGUCCAUGAUGGGGCUACCUUUGCCGGAAAUCCCCUCACAUUUGCCGCCCAGAGGCUUUCAAUAGUGACAUCCUUACUCGGUGUGGCGUCGGCAACAUACAGCUACUACAGCCACUCCAUCAAAUAUUGCGUAAAGGAUGUCAGGCACAAAGAUGAAAUUGAUCGUGAUUCGUCCAUCAUUACUACCCUGGAACUCGACCUGGGGGAUAAAAUUCUUCUCUUCUUUUGGCACCUCGGUAUCAUCUCUGCCAGGGUCUUGGCUUUGGGCCUGUUUGCAACUGCCUUCUCCUGGUGGGUGUUUGUGGUUGUUGGCAUCCAUAUGAGCAUCGUUGCGCUCUGGGCCAUCUUGAAGGAGAAGACAAGUCUGUGUUUCCGACCCCAAACGUUCCUCUUCAAGGUCGUUGCAUCCUUCGUCUACGUCUUUCAGUACUUCAACAGCGGUGCCGCCUAUGGGAUGGGAUUGGGAUGGGAUUGGGCAUACAUGAUGAAACCCUAUAAACUGAUGUACGUCCUCAUGGCAAUCGAAAAUGUGGUGAUGCUCACUCUGUGGUCGUUCAGUGUCGUCGAUGUCUGGCUAUGGUACAAAAUCCUUAUCUAUCUAUUCUUGGAUCUCGAGUUCUUCAUCAUUGGCAUCGUCUCGAUGCUCAUGUUCCAACGUUGCGUUCAAAACAAAAUGGAACCAAAUGCAUAUUUCUCUUGCUCUGUCCCUUUGUACGCGCGUAAAAUUCAAAUAAAUGAUGUUCUCUAG